UGUAACUUUAACAACAUUUGAGAAAUGGCAGAACAAGAGCUUUUCAACGUGAGGAUUAAGUUUGUGGAAAAUGCAUCCAAAGAACUCAUCAAUCAGCUGCUGGAUGACAUUUUAGGGGAUCGUAUCGUGAACGUUGGGGAGAAGGACUCAAUAAUUGAGAAAAACCAGAGCAAAGCAGACAGGGCUCGCUGUCUCAUUGACACAGUGAGGAACAAAGGAAAUGACGCCAGCAGGAAGCUGAUCGCUCACAUUCAAAUUAGAGAUCCUGCACUUUACUCCACCCUGGGUCUGUCCUCCGGUCAGCCUGCUCCUCCAGAACCCCCGGUGGAGCAGAAAUGGUCUGAGACAGUCAUCAAGACCACUGAGGAGUUUUGGAUCGAGAAGCAGAAGGAUAAAGAUGUUUACCCUGCAGCCAAAAGUUCCAUUAGGAAUCGUGUGGCCCUGCUAAUCACUAAUAUAAAGUUUACUGAUAAGAAAUGGAACAGAAGUGGAGCUGAGACAGAUGAGAAGAACAUGGAGAAGCUGCUCACAUGUCUGGGAUACGAGGUGGUGAAACACACAAACCUCACAGGAAAGGCGAUUGAUGACUCUAUAAUUAAGUUCUCUAAACUUCCGAAACUCAAAGAGACAGACAGCGUGGCGGUCGUCAUCAUGUCUCACGGGAAACGGGAUGUCGUCAUCGGUGUCAACCACACUGAGACAUCUAGUGAUGAGUUCCACAUCAACAACAUUUACACACACUUGGGCUCAAAGGAAUGUCCAGCGCUGCUGGACAAACCCAAGAUCAUUAUCAUCCAGGCCUGCAGAGGAGGCGAGGAAGGAUCAGUACUUGUGAUCGACAGUGCAAACUCAGCUCUGGACUGUGAUGAUGUGAAUCAGCCAGGUUCAUCCCUGUUUGCUGGUGGAGAAAACAUAGAGGAUGAUGCUUUACGACUUGCGCACAAAGAAAAAGACUUCAUUUCUCUUCUUUCCUGCACCCCUGAUACUGUCUCAUAUAGGAACACAUGUAGUGGGUCUUUAGUGAUCCAGUCUGUGGUUAAGGUCUUUAACACCUUCGCAUGUGAGAAUGACAUCGAGGAACUUUUCAGAAAAGUCAUGCGGAGCUUCGAAGCCUUUCCUGCACAGAUGCCAACCAAAGACAGAUGCACUCUGCUGAAGCGUUUCUACUUCUUUCCAGGUAUCUGAGACAGCAAACCGAGGUUGCAACGCUUUUCUCAGGCGCUACAUGAUAAAAAGAUAAAAGCUAUGCAUUGAUUACUGAAUGAGCCCGGGUGCAUCCAUCCAUCCAUGUAUCACAAAGUUGGCACAUAAAGAAUUAUUUCAAGUUGAUAGAAAUCUGCUUUUGAUUGUUCUUUGCUUUUUUUUUUUACCCUUUAACGAAUCAUCUGCUAAGAUAACAUUGCUUGAAGUAAAAUUGCUGCCUUGCUAAAGUUGCUGUGUAAAAUUUAACCACCAUUAUAAUAAUGCCGUGUAAUCAGGAUGUAUCUUGAGCGUAUGUUUCAGUAUUGACAGUAGAAAAGUAUUUUAUUCUUACUCUUUACUCUGACAGUCACUAUAUACCAAAAUAUAUUCCUUGAGUGUAAUUGCUUCUAUGCGUUGCUAUAUGAAUUUAUAAUGUGUUAUAAAGUGUAAACCUUAAUCUACUGAAAUAACUGGACAUGUGAAAAUGUUGUGGAACCGUUUUUUGUUACAAAAACAUUUAGAAUGAUAGAAGAAGAUCUUUAGUUUUAUCACCUGGAGACGUGAUGGAAAGUCUGACAGCAGUUUGCUGCCGAGGCACAAGAGCCUUCAUCCGAAGACUCACAGGAGGUGAAACUCUGCAGAUGGCAGCGAGUGGUGUUUUUGCUUAUGAUGAAAACGUCUUAGAUAUGUUAACAAGUGAUGAAGAUGAUGUUUUGAAUAUAAUGAGGAUGAUAAAUAAUUGAAAAUGAUAGAGGAUGCUAAAUUAAAUAUAUAUAUAUUUAAUUUAGCUUCCUCUAUCAUGAUUGAUUUAUUGAUUUAUUACACAGUUGAUUUAUGGAGUAUCAAGGAAGUUAAAAUGUGACCGUAUCAUAGUGUGUUGCCCCUAACAAGUCUAUUACUUAUGAUAAAUGGAUUGAUUAAUUGAUGUAUUGUAAUUUGAUCCGCUGUGCUCAGCUGCUUGAUUUGAUCACUUUAUGAUGAUAUAUUGCUGAGCUCACUGUAAAACUUGGACUAAAUAGAGAGUGCAUUGUGAGUAUAUGGGUGAGCUGUGAGCUGUUGUUGAAUGUCAAAAAGAAGCCAUAUAUGGUGUGCUCUGUGAAGAGGCAGGAAGACUGCCAUGCAUGUAUCACACACGCUCAGACUGAAUGAACACCAGAAACCAUCCAACCACAAAAGGGCCUCUUGCGUGAGAGAGAUCGACCGAUGCCAGCAAGAUCGUGCAAAGUACUGUUACAUCCUGUUUACUGUUACACUUAACCUCCAGUUGCUCCAGAGGCGUGCGACCUCUGACAUGUAUAGCAAUUGUAAGUCGCUGAAUGAAUAAAUGUAAUGUAAUAAAAAUGUCCUUUGAGUGAAAAGCUCAAGGUACAACAGAG